CCCAUGCUGAUCUGGAUCCUUCAUCCUGCGCGAACUUGCGCUUGCAUCACCAACUGUCAACAAUACUCCGCAUCGUGACCCAUCUCUACCCUUAUCGCUCACGGUCAUCUCAUUGAUUGCCCACACCAUCAUGGGUUUUCUUGGGGUCUUGGAGGAUAAACACCUUCAGCAUGUCCCGGCCACCGUUGUCCUAGCCGAAGAGGAGAAUCAAAGAACAGAGGCGACCGCAGGCUUGAAGCACGGUACGGGCAAAGAUCAAGAUAUUGUCUUGAUUCCCCAGCCCUCCGAGGAUCCUAACGAUCCAUUGAAUUGGCCAACUGCGAAGAAACUUGUCAUCAUGGCAGUCAUUUCGUAUGGGUCCAUUCUUUACGCCGCCGUACUCGCUCCCCUUCUCUCGCCAGCAUUGGUCACGAUUUCGCUAGACUUCCAAGUCGCUGUAGCUGACAUCACGGUUAUCUCGGGAUACAUGCUUCUGGUAACGGCAGCUUCGGGGCCUUUUGUGUCUGCUUUCUCGCGCAAGUGGGGAAAGAGACCCAUUCUUAUCGUCUCAAGCGUUUUCGGCUUGAUAGGAACCGUCAUUGGGAGCGCUACCCACAGCUAUAACGGCCUCUUGGCGGCGCGUAUCGUACAGGGCUUUUCAAUCUCUGCUUUCGAGUCACUUGUCGUAUCCAUCAUUGGCGAUCUUUUUUUCGUGCACCAGCGUGGUAUUUGGGUGACCGUUAUCCAAUUCAUCCUAGGAGCCGCCAGCAACUUCUCGGCUAUAAUUGUAGGCCCUAUCACGGCGAAUCUCGGGUGGCGCUAUCUUUUCCAUAUCCUCAUAGCCUUCACUGCCCUCGAGACCGUCUUGCUCGUGUUCUUCGUCCCGGAGACAGCCUACAUCCGUGACCGUCGAUACGAAAUCGACGAGCUGGCCGUCGAUAAUCUCUCUGAGCUCGCAGCAGUCGAGCGUCGUCACGCUGGAGGUGAGAAAGAAAAAGGCUCUGACAACGACAUUGUCCGUGUAGAGACCACGACUUCCAUGCCGCCUGCAUUCCGACCAAAGAAGACGUUUGUCCAGGAAAUGUCCGUGUUCAAUGGUACCUUCUCCGACGACAACCUCUUCCAGCUCUUGAUCGCUCCAUUCGCUGUAUGCACCAACCUCGCCAUCCUCUGGAUCGUCAUCGUUACAGGCGGUCUGACCGCCUUCUUUGUGGCGCAAUCCUAUGACAUGGCGCAAAUCUUCAUGGCUCCCCCGUACCUCCUCUCCGCAGCCGGAGUCGGCUACUUGUCUCUCGGUCCCUUCAUCGGCGGACUACUCGGUGCCAUCUUUCUCGGCGUGACGCUUGAUCCUUUGAUUAAGUGGUGCGCAAAGAAGAACAACGGCAUCUACGAGCCGGAAUACCGCCUGCUCGGUAUGAUUCCCGGGUUGCUUACAGGUGUCGGGCUUAUGGUUUUCGGCUACAUGGCCGAGAAGCACUACUCGUACUAUGCGACGGCGACGUUCCACGGUAUGGAUCUGUUUGGGAUAUGCUGUGCGGCCAUCUCCACUUCUGCAUAUGCCAUCGACGCAUAUCGCGACAUGUCGUCCGAGAUUUUUAUCGCGGGCAUGGUGUUCAAGAACUUCGUUUUCUAUGGCUUCAGUUACUUUGUCAAUGAUUGGACUGCGACAGAGGGCCCAGCCAAGGUGUUCUAUGUGUUUGGAGGUCUGAGCUUUGCCAUGGUGGGCACUGCACCGAUUUUCUUCUUCUGGGGGAAGAGGUACAGGAGCUUCUGGCACAGGCAUAAUUUGCUGGAGAAGUGGGGAGUCAGGACGCACGCGGAGCUGUGA